GCGCGGGCCGCCGCCUGGCCCCCUCCGCGCCCGGGAACAUGGCGGUCCCCGGCCGGGCUCUGCUGCGCGUGGCCGCGGAGCAGCUACUGCGAGGACGAGUCGGGGCGCUGCUCCGGCCGCAACUCCAAGGGGGCACCCCCGGCCCGGAGCGCGGCUUCAGCCUCUCUCACAACCGGGGCACGGUCAUCGUGGAGCGCUGGUGGAAGGUGCCGCUGGCCGGGGAGGGUCGGAAGCCGCGCCUGCACCGGCGGCACCGCGUCUACCGGCUGGUGGAGGACACGAAGCACCGGCCCAAAGACAAACUGGAGCUCAUCCUCACGCAGUCGGUGGAGGAGCUCGGAGUCCGCGGUGACUUGGUUUCGGUGGAGAAAUCUGUGGGCCGGAACCGGCUGCUUCCUCAGGGACUGGCUGUAUACGCAUCCCCUGAAAACAAGAAGCUGUUUGAAGAGGAGAAGUUGCUAAGAAAAGAAGGGAAGUUAGAAAGGAUCCAGACCAAGGCCGGUGAGGCGACAGUGAAAUUUCUGAAGAGCUGUCACCUGGAGGUGGGGAUGAAGAACAAUGUCAAAUGGGAGCUAAACCCUGAAAUAGUUGCCCGCCAUUUUCUAAAAAACCUUGGUGUUGUGGUAGCCCCACAUGCAUUAAAGUUACCAGAAGAGCCCAUCACACGAUGGGGCGAGUAUUGGUGUGAGGUGACGGUAAAUGGGCUUGACACUAUCAGGGUACCUAUGUCUGUGGUGAACUUUGAGAGGCCCAAGACAAAAAGAUACAAGUACUGGUUGGCCCAGCAAGCUGCCAAGGAAAUGGCCCCCACCAGCUCCCAGACGAUCUGAACCUACUCUCCCUCAAAAGUGGUGAAGCAGAAUCUGAGGCAGUGGAGCAAAGAUGAGCCAGCUCUGACCAAAUACAGAAUUUUAGAGACCAUAUGGGGACAUCGGACUAAACUGCAUAUAUAUGUUGAAUUCUCCAAAUUUGUCAUCUCCAUCGACUAUUAUCACAUCUCGCCUUAUUGGGGCAGUCCUGCUCAAGAAGUACCAAGUUGUAGAUAUAAGGUAAAUAUUCAAUAGAUCAAAAACAGUCUAGAUCCUAUUUCCUCUUCCUCCAUUGGAAUUCAUUGGAAUAAAUGGAAGAGCUAGCCAUUGUUUUUAGUACUUGCCUAUCCUCAUUAUCCAAGUUGAACAUUUAUAUCUCAAAAAGAAAUAAAAAGGUUGUGUUCUUUUU